AUGGCGCCCCGCAAGCAGCUGCCCACCAAGGCGGCCUGCAAGAGCAUGCCUGCCAGCCACGGGCGGCGUGAAGAGGCCGCACUGCUACCGGCCUGGCACCGUGGCGCUGCGAGAGAUCCGCCGCUACCAGAAGUCCACCAAGCUGCUUACACGCAAGUUGCCGUUCCAGCAGCUGGUGGGCAAGAUCAAGCAGGACUUCAAGACCCAGCUGUGCUCCUGGAGCUUGGCAGUCCUGGUGCUGUGCAGGAGGCGUGCCAGGCCUACCUGGUGUGGCUCUUUGAGGACACCAACCUCUGCUCCAUCCACGCCAAGCGCAUCAUCACUAUGCCCAAGGACAUCUAG